GACUCGGUGAAGUAUUUACGUAACAGGAGCCGUCCUAAUUUAUUCUUUCUGAAAAUCGAUAAUAGUGUGGGUGUACCUCGUGUGUUUAAAUUAUUAUCGAAUAGUCAGUGAAAAUGCCACUGUUCACUAACGUGCACCAUAAAAAUCGUUUAAAAAUAAAGUGCAGUCAAGAAUUAAUAGUGCAUUAAAAUUGGUAAUCGGAUAGUGUAUUUCCUGGUAUUUAGUGAUUGAAAUAAAUAAUUAAAUUAAACUAGCGUUUUAGUUUCAUAAAAUAGAAAAAUCUAUCCUUUAUAAAAGUAUAUAACUAAUUCUAUGAGGAAAUAAAUUAAGUGGUAAUUAAAUGGAACAGUGAAGUGUUAACAAGUGAUGCAAAUAAUUGUGAAGUUGCAAUACAAACUUAUGAACCUUUUCUAUGAUUGCUAUGAAGAGGAAGAGGCAGUUGGUGAGGUGUCGAUCGGUCUACCACAAAAAUCGUCUGAAGCCCAGAAAAUCUGUGGGGGAUGUCGGCGAACGUGUGCUGCGAAGUACUCCGGAUUGGGGUGAAACGGCCAUAAACGGGGACCAUUUGUGGGUUCCAACAUCGGUUUCCGGAGAUUUCUGCUACGUUGGAGACACUGACUGCACGAAACAUGGGUCGCGGAUGAAAUGUUCGUCCUGCAACGUGGUGGCCCAUCAGAACUGUAUCAAUAUUCUCGUAGACAGGGUAAAAUUUACAUGCAAACCUACAUUCAGGGACGUGGGAGUCAGACAGUACCGAGAACAGACAUCCAUCCAGCAUCACUGGGUCCAUCGGCGUUCUGAAAAGGGCAAAUGUACACAUUGUGGCAAGUCAUUCCAAUCGAAGUUAUCGUUUAGUUCCAAAGAAAUUGUAGCAAUCAGCUGUUCGUGGUGUAAGGCGGCCUAUCACAAUAAAGAAUCUUGUUUCAACAUUCAACGAAUAGGUGAAGAAUGUAGAUUAGGUGUACAUAGUAGUAUUAUAGUUCCUCCAUCCUGGAUCGUAAAACUGCCGAGAAAGGGAAGUUUCAAGUCAAGUUUGAGAAAAUCUCCAAAGAAACGGGCAUCCAGUAAAAAGAAAAAUAGAGAUAAGGACAAGGAGCACAAGACAUUCGCAAUAAAACCAAUCCCCUCGACGAACGUCACGCCCGUCAUCGUGUUCAUCAAUCCAAAAUCGGGGGGCAACCAGGGCCUGAAGUUGCUCCAGAAGUUCCAGUGGCUGCUGAAUCCCAGGCAGGUGUUCGAUCUGACGCAGGGAGGGCCCAAGAUGGGCCUGGAGCUGUUCAAGAAAGUGCCUAACCUGCGAGUUUUGGCCUGCGGCGGCGACGGCACCGUCGGCUGGGUGCUGAGCGUCAUCGACCAGAUAGGCAUCUCGCCGGCUCCGGCGGUGGGCGUCCUACCGCUGGGGACGGGGAACGAUCUGGCGAGGGCGUUGGGAUGGGGAGGGGGGUACACCGACGAGCCAAUCUCGAAAAUAUUAUCGAACGUAAGCCAUAGUGAUACAGUCUCCCUGGAUAGGUGGUCGUUAGAGGUAGAGAAGAACACAAACGCCGAGGCUAACGAGGAAGGAAAGGAAAAUUUACCACUCAACGUUGUAAAUAACUAUUACUCCUUAGGCGUAGAUGCUCACAUUGCUUUAGAAUUUCAUGAGGCACGAGAGGCUCAUCCGGAAAAGUUUAAUUCGAGGUUAAAGAACAAAAUGUUUUACGGACAAAUGGGAGGUAAAGAUUUGCUCAAAAGGAAAUGGAAGGAUCUGGCCGAUUUCGUAACGUUAGAGUGUGAUGGCCAGAAUAUUACCAAUAAAUUGAAGGAGCUUAGAGUGCACGCUAUCGUCUUUCUCAACAUUCCAAGUUAUGGUGGGGGUACUCGUCCUUGGAAUAGGUCGAUGGGCGCCUCCGAACCAAGCACUGAAGAUGGUCUCAUCGAAGUCGUCGGUCUCACAACAUAUCAGCUUCCGCUGCUCCAAGCCGGGGGUCACGGAACUUGCAUCACGCAGUGCCGAUCUGCCAAAAUAAUUACCUCGAAAACAAUUCCAAUGCAAGUGGACGGCGAGGCGUGCAAGUUACUGCCCUCCAUUGUCACCUUAACGCAUUUAAAUAAGGCACCCAUGCUCGCCAAAAGAAAGUGUGGAAAAUUAAUUCCGACCCAGACUGCACUGGACAAUCUUAAAAUUAAUGUACAUAGAAUUAGCAUGUCGGAGUACGAGCAGCACCACUAUGACAAAGACCUUCUGGCACAGGCUGCCAUAAAUAUUGGAAAAAUAGAAGUUAACCCUAUAUCAGAUCUGGAACAAGUUAGAGCACAGAUUAAUAAACUUAUCGAAGAAAACAAGGACCAAAUGAGGAUAUCGCAUGACUGGUGUUUCGUAGAUUCUUGCACGGCUGAGAGAUUCUUCCGCAUCGACAAGGCCCAAGAGAAUUUACACUACGUGUCCGACAUAGCGUGCGAAAACCUUUAUAUCCUCGAAUGCGGGGGAGGUACUGUACCACAAACGCCUGAAGAUGAGACUGCCAAUCCUUCACCGAGUUCCAAUCACCAGGCACCAUAUAUCAUCCCUGAAAUGAGAAUAAGCGACGAAGGUAGUUUAGAUUCUCCGAGCGACCAGCCACCGAUGUCUCCGAAAGUACUCCAAUCCCCCGAAGAUUACCCCGGCGCAGAAGAAGAUAUUCCCGUGGAAAACCAGAACGGCGACAAACAGAUAGCCCGCAUCUCCCCAGAUGCCAGUGUAAAAAUUAGAAGCCCUUUGACAGAAAAGCCGAAUGAAUUGCUUCUUAAAGCGGCCAAAACUGGGGACCUUAAAACGGUUAAAGAACUCCACAGCCAGGGAUAUUCUUUACAAACGAGAGAUCCCUCGGGCCAAACAAUGCUUCAUUAUGCUGCCCGCUAUGGUCACAAGGACAUUGUGAAAUACCUGAUAAGCUACGCUCCCUCCAUCCUGAACGUGAAGGAUUCCAAUCUGGGCCAAUCGGCGCUUCACAAGGCUGUGGCUUAUAAGUGGCGGAGUAUUUGUUGCAUUUUGGUAGCCGGUGGUGCAGCACUUGAUGUUACCGAUCAUAGAGGGCUCACACCAAAAUUACUGGCGAUCCAAUGUGAUGACCACGAACUAGCCACCUAUUUUGAAAGUCAAGAGCACUUCCAACAGGUUUCCUCGGACCUCGGAACUGUUGUUUAAAACAACAUUAACGUUUCUUAUGGCCCUUCAGGCAUCAAAGCAAUUUCAUCUCUCUCUUCUGAAUAUGCCUUACUAUAUCCAAAAUUUAAUACAUAUUAUAUAUCUAAUCGUUGUAUAUUAUAUGAAGAAAAAUGUGAUAAUACUAUACAUAAGCCUUCAAUAUUUAUCUUUUAUUUAUUGUAAAAAGUUACUAAACGAAUGAUAAUUAGGUAGGGAAUUAUUUUAAUUUUUUAAUACAGAACGUGGUUGUGAGCCACAUUUUGUACCAUAACUCCAAGGCCAAUUUAUACUUGACUAUGGAAAAUAAUUUUUAAUUUAUUAAAAUGAGCGUAUCAAUGCUAAUUUUUGCUAAUUUUAUCUAAAUUGUGUUCUACUUAAGGCUACAAUUUUUUUAUUUAUUGAUCAAACUUUAACGAUAUUUUUUUCUCAUGGAAGGGUGUAAGAAACGUGCAAAUAAUUUAAUAAUUCAGUGCCACGGUUAACAACGUCCGUUUUCAAAAUGCAAAAGUACUAUAGGGAUCUUUUUAAGGAAAAAAUUCCAAUGGAUUCCUUCUUAAGGUGGUGAAACACAAUGCACCAAUUUUUGUAGUACUAGCUCACUCUACAGGGUGUCCACUUAAAACGUAUUAUUCCGUAGCGCUGGCAAUAUAAGUAGUACAAAAAAGAGUCUCAGAUGAAAAUGGCACCAAUUCAAUAUUUUCCCUUUUUUAAUUAUGUACCUAAUUUCCUGGUGAAUUUAAAGCUUUCUUUCAUGAAAAAAUAUUGGUUAUAUGUCGUACCAUUCCCAUGUUACUUUUUCAUCAUUCAUCCAUUCACAUCAUCAAAUCUUCAAUAACGAUUUUUCUUGAUUUUAUUAAAUUGAAGUUUAUCUUAAAUUAGACACAGGUAGAUACAAAAUUAAAUUUUCUUUAGGCAUGACAUGCUUCCGACAAACUUUCACGAUAUCUGUAUAACAAAAAGAAUCGUUAAAAUAGGUAAAUGAAUAAGUUAGGAGGAUUUCUAGUCUCUUAUUUUAUUAAUAAAGUUCUCCUAGUCAAGUAUAAAAGACAUAAGUAACAGAUUUAUUAUUUUCAAUUGACAAAAUAAACUAAACAGAAUAUUUAGGUUGAAUAAUUAUAUACAUAUAUUGAAGAAAAAUGUAAAAAAUUUCUAACUGUAACACGAAUUCAUAUUUUUUCACUAGUUGUACAUACCUAGACCAAAAAAUAAUGUUAGAAACACAUGUAUUCUUCCAACAGAACAAUCAUGAAUUUGAUUCCGUAGAUCUGUGGAAUUUUCAAACUCAUCUGAAAACAUAUCAUUCAUAACAUUCCAGUAUAAUAUUAGGUGUUAGUUGAUUAGGUGAAAAUAUUUAUUAUGUUAUGUUUUCUCGCUUAAAGUAAAUUCGAAAACAGGGCAAUAAUAUUAGUGUUUAGUAAUUUUGAUGUAUUACAUUGUGUCACUAUAGUAUCCUGGAGUAUACCUAUGUGUAUUGGGUAAAAAAAUUAUGUCAGCAUUACACAAAACAAGUUUAAAUAACUUUCUGUUCAUUUAAAAGAUUUUAGCAGUUCUAAAUUAGCGUAAAUAAAAUCAUGAUCUUAAUUUUAAUGAAGGACUCUACAGGAUGUUUGUAUGUUUCGUUUCCGAGAUAAAGAGUGUUUCAAUUUUAAUUUUUAAUUUAUUUUUAUUAAUUAUU